UAUAAUUAAUAUUUUUUAAAUUAUUGAGGACUUUCUGCGCUUGCCCAUUGCACACAUCAAUCCCCCCUCAAGUUAGUUAUGGGUAUCAGUCAACCGUGCUAGCUUGCAGCCUCAAUACAAUAUCAAACCAGGGAUUGCGGUUUUCCUAUAGAAGCAUAACAGGUCUGCUUUUGCCUUUGAGCUGUGCCACCAUGUUAGUGCCGAUCUUUACUCUUAAGUUAAACCAUAAGAUUAACCCUCGUAUGGUUGCUAUUGGGAAGUACGAUGGGAUUCACCCAUGCCUCACUGCAGCCACUCAAGCUGGGAAGGUGUUUAUCCAUAAUCCCCACACUCGAAGUCAAAGGCCAACAGCUCACCGGCUGAGUCAGAGCACACAGGACUCUGACAUUUCACUCCUCAAUAUCAACCAGGCAGUCAGUUGUCUAACAGCUGGUACUAUGGGACCCAACACUACAGGACACACACUGCUUGUGGGAUCUCAAACCAACCUGCUGGCCUAUGAUGUGCAUGACAACACUGAUGUCUUUUAUAAGGAGGUAGCUGAUGGGGCCAAUGCCAUUGUCCUUGGAAAUCUAGGAGAUAUCAAGUCUCCCCUUGCCAUCAUUGGUGGAAACUGUGCUCUACAAGGCUUUGACUUUGAGGGAAAUGACCAAUUCUGGACGGUCACGGGAGAUAAUGUACGAUCACUUGUGCUGUGUGACUUUACUGGAGAUGGCAAGAACGAGCUUCUUGUUGGAUCAGAGGACUUUGACAUCAGGGUGUUCAGAGAGGACGAGCUGGUUACAGAAAUGUCAGAAAAUGAGACAGUCACAUCACUUUGUCACAUGCAUGGCAGCAGGUUUGGUUAUGCUUUGGCCAAUGGAACAGUGGGAGUAUAUGACCGCACUGCCCGCUACUGGAGAAUCAAGUCUAAAAACCAUGCCAUGAGCAUACAUGCAUUUGAUCUUAAUGCUGAUGGUGUUGUUGAGUUAAUAACUGGAUGGUCCAAUGGAAAGAUUGACGCCCGCAGCGAUCGCACAGGUGAGGUGAUCUUCAAAGAUAACUUUUCCUCCUCUGUGGCUGGACUUGUGGAAGGAGACUAUCGUAUGGAUGGACAAAUCCAGCUUAUAUGCACCUCUGUGGAGGGAGAAGUGCGUGGCUAUUUACCUGCCAGUAAAGAAAUGAAGGGCAACCUCAUGGAUGCAAGUGUUGAACAAGACCUGAUCAGGGAACUGAGCCAACGUAAACAAAACCUGCUGCUGGAAUUACGAAACUAUGAGGAAAAUGCCAAGGCUGUUCCUGGUGUCUCAGAUAGGGAGUCUAAGAUGGGGAUGAUUCCAGCUAACACACAGCUCCAGACGGCCUUGUCUGUACGACGGGCCACAGAGAGCCAUAAAGCUCACAUAGAGCUCAAUAUUUCUACCCCAAAUGAAACAAUCAUUAGAGCUGUGCUGAUAUUUGCCGAGGGAAUUUUCGAAGGCGAGAGUCACGUGGUUCACCCAAGUGCUCAAAAUCUCUCUGGAUGUGUUUGUGUCCCCAUCAUUCCUCCAAAAGACAUUCCAGUGGACCUUCACAUCAAAGCUUUCGUGGGAGGGAAGACUAGUACACAAUUUCAUGUGUUUGAGAUCACACGUCAACUUCCUCGCUUCUCAAUGUACGACCUCAAUGUUGACCCCUCGGCCACUCAGCCCACCGGCAGAGUAACAUUUAGCAUCAAUGACAGACCACAGAGGGUGGUGAUGUGGCUAAACCAAAACUUUCUGCUUCCUGAAGGUAUUGACAGUCCAGACAUCACCUUUACUGCACUACGUGGAGGUGGUCUCUUAAGGAUAAACAUGCAACCUAGUGGAGAGAUUACGCUGAACACCGAUGACAUCGAUCUGGCUGGAGAUCUGAUCCAGUCGCUUGCCUCUUUCCUAGCCAUAGAAGAUUUACAGGCUGAAGCAGAUUUUCCUAUCUACUUUAAAGAGUUGCGAGACACUCUUACUGAGGUGGAUGAGUUUCACUCUGUUCAUCAAAAACUCACUGCAGCCAUGGCAGAUCAUUCAAACUACGUAAAAAAUAUGUUGGUACAAGCAGAAGAUGCCAGACUGCUGGGUGAUUGGAGAAACACAAAGAAGCGUUACUCUGAGCUGUAUGACCUAAACAGAGAUUUGAUCAAUGAAUAUAAAAUCAGGUCCAAUAAUCACAAUGCCCUUCUAGCCCGCCUAAAGGCAGUUAACCAGGCCAUCCAAAGGGCGGGGAGACUGAGAGUGGGAAAACCCAAAAAUCAGGUCAUCGCUGCCUGCCGGGAUGCCAUCAAGAACAACAACAUCAACGCUCUUUUUAAGAUCAUGAGAAUAAGCACUGCCUCUACUUGAGUUCUGCUUCAGAAAGGAAAACCUUUAUGCAGAGAAGUUUGAAAGACAUACGCCACUGAAGAGACCCCAAAACAGGCUUAGAAAGAGAGAGACCACAGGCAGUCCUUCAUGAAGGGAUAUGUUUUUAAUCCAGGCCUUAAUGGUAGAAGUUUUGUGUAGAGGAAUAACGGGGUCUGUGUGUUGGUAUUUAACUCUAAAGUCUAAUAGCCAAAGAGACUGUGAUAUGUGUUUAAUAAGGCAAUUUGUAUAACUUUACUGCUGUUAUUUGUAUGUAAAUAAAAUGUACUUUAUCAGA